CCGGCAAAAGCACUUCCUAAAGGCACCUCGCGAGUUGAGUGACGGCUAGCGGCUCAGUCGCUCGCCAACCCCGAGACGUGACGGUGCCGCUGUACAGCGCUCGUUCAAACCGCGCGCGCCCGUCCUUGGUGAACCAUCGCAGUUGACACUUACGAACGACUUUGUUUUAUUUUGUUGUUCUUACUUUAUCCGGCGAGUAUCGAACGACUUUUCGAUACUUCCUCGAACAUCGCGGCCCACCGAGCUCGCUGUAAUAAAAAAGAAAAGGCGGUGAAAGAUUGUGGGCUUUUUGAACGAGAGAGCAGACAGAGGCACGAAACGGGGCCAGGAUUAUUCGGGGCUUUCAAUUAAUCGGGCUUGUACCUCGAGAAAAGAGACGACACUUUUUUGCGGAAAAGACUAAAGAGAAUCGGAGUGCUCUUCGCGAUUCGUUGUUUAAAUACUUCGAAGUGAAAAUAUAUUCGAUCGGCGGUGCAGCGAUUUUUGAGGAGUUACGCGCUCCCACUGGCGACUAAUAGCGAGGAAGCUAAACCGGGAUCCUCAAUCCUCGACGUCUGUGAUAUUGAAACGAAAAAGAAACGAUUUAUUUGGAUCUUCCUCUCGCGAGAGCGUGUGUGACCCGGCUGGUAUAGUUACACAGCGUCGGUGUGCGAGGGGUCGUAAUGACAAAGGCAAACAAACAAGCAAACAACGCUAGCAACAAUAGACUCAUCGAUUGGUACAAAAGUGUUUUAGUGUGUGCUUGAAAAGUGAGAGGAUAAUCUCGCUUAGCUUCCCGUGCUAUCUCCUUCGAGAUUCAAUUCUCUCUCACGUGUUCCACUACUCGGCGUUCGCAUACUCGCGACGAGACUCAAACGCGAGGAGUGGGGAAAAUAGGAAGAAGAGAAAUAAGAAAAAAACGGUGUUUCGUGCUAUCUCGCGCGCUUCGUGCAGAGGCAACGCGAGAGGAGCUGCUCGCCAAUGUGCGCGUGUGUACGUGACUGUGCGCGUGAUUUUUUUUACCCUCCUCUUCUCGUCACUUCCGGAUAAGAAACUUUGUGAGGAAUCUUCGCACGGGAGACGGGCGCGAUACUCUUCACUCUUUUUCUCGUUUUCCUUUAUAUACCGUCGUACAUCGAUCGAGUGCUGAGGAUUACUGUCGACGAUACCACUUUUUUUUUCGCCACUUUUUCUCUCUCCCUUUUUUCCGUUCUCCUCUCACAUCGAACUAUAUCAGCAACGCCACUUCCGUGUAACGUGAAUCAUUAUUUAUGACAUAUACGUAUUCUUGCCUCUUACGUACACGUAUUUAAUAUACUUUCGUAGUAUUCAAGCUGUUUCCUCGAAGGUUUGACCAAUGAACAAUCGUGCAGUGCAAGUUGUAUCGCCGAAGAGUAACGGCGUCCAGUGACAAUCGUUUGAGGAUUUAUACACCAGCUCUAUAAUCGAGAACUUUGGAAAAGCACCUUAACGUGUUAUGAAACUGCUGCCGACGAUCCAGUUGCCGCAGCUACCGCCGGUAUCAGCCGCUGGCGGUAUGACGGGGAUGGAUUCCCGUCUCCCUCCCGGGAUUUCGCUGCCGUUCAGCCCCACCGAUCUGCUGUGGCGAUACGGUCCGACCAUGAGUUUUCCGCCGACGGCGCAUCCACCUCCGAGCCCACUGUUGGACUUCAAAACUCACCUACCAACGACAUUAGCGUCAGAUCCGAGGCUAUGGUCGCGAGAGGACGUUGCGGCGUUUCUACGAUGGGCCGAGCGGGAGUUCGAUCUGCCACAAUUCGACAUGGACAUGUUCCAGAUGAAUGGGAAAGCGCUCUGUUUACUGACGAAAUCGGACCUCGGUGAGAGGUGUCCCGGAGCCGGUGACGUUCUCCACAACGUGUUGGGCAUGCUCGCGAGAGAUUUCAAUCAAUUGCAACGAUGCUUGCCGAGCAGCCCGGUGACGCCGACGAGACCGUCGGUGUACCCGCUGAGUCCGCACUCGCAUCCGCCAACGCCAACGUGGGUCGAGAACCCAUACACGGCCAAUCUCGCCUCAUUGAUGUCCGCAAAUUCCGUAACCCUCUCGCCCGCGCCGUCGGUCGACAGUCAAGCCGGUUCACCUGGACACGCUGAAAACAAUCAGACCCAAGUUUACAAGAGCGACUCGGACGAAGACAAUCACCAGAGCAGCAACAGCCCACCGGCCACACCAACCGCCCUCACUGCCCAGAGGCUCAGCGAAGUUUGCGUUAAAGAUCAACCGAGCCCGACCUUGCCACCUCAAAUGAUGCCACUCACACCAGGCGCGUUCAGACCAGCCUCUGCGACCGCUGCUAGAGAAUUUUUCCCGUCGGACUCUCCCGAGCCGAACACGAACGGAAGACUUCUCUGGGACUUUUUGCAACAAUUGUUGAACGACCCGUCGCAAAGAUACACCCACUACAUUGCGUGGAAAAGCCGGGAAACCGGAGUCUUCAAAAUUGUCGAUCCACCCGGACUCGCGAGACUCUGGGGCAUACAGAAAAAUCACUUGUCCAUGAAUUACGACAAAAUGAGCAGGGCUCUUCGUUAUUAUUAUCGUGUCAACAUACUCAGGAAGGUCCAGGGCGAGCGACACUGUUACCAAUUUCUUCGCAAUCCGACCGAGCUUAAAAACAUAAAGAACAUUUCAUUGUUGCGACAACAAAUGAGAAUUAAAUCGGAGCCGGAGGACGAGGGUGUGAUAUCGGUGAACGGUAUUGAGCCCGAAUCGGAUAUGCCGACGGAUUUAUCGAUGUCAAGUAUGAAUCAAUCGUCGUGCGAUCAGCCAUUGCCGCUUCACGAUCCACCGGCAAAGUACAGAAGUCACGCUUACAAUCUUGUUAAAACCAAUCAAGAGCCGGAAGAGAGGAAGUGACGGGUAACUUAGCGGCGUUAAUGACGCUCGAUUACGCGUUAUUGGACGAUACAAGUGAAUCGCACCAGAGAAUAUAUUUAUACGUAUCUCUAUGAAUAUAUACAUAUACGAAAGGUAUACAUACGUGUGAAUAUAACGUUAAAAUAUUCAUAUACAUGUGUAUAUAAAUGAUAUAUAUAUAUCGUGUUCGACCCGGACGAUCGACUCUCAUGGUAAAAAUCGAUAAAAUGUUUCUCCAUUGAGAAAUUAUGGGGGCUGGACCGUGCGCGAUUGUAUGACCGAGCGAUGAUGACACAGCGGAAAAAAGACUGAAGUCGUGAGAGAAAGAAAACUCGCUAAUGGUGCCAACGACGUGGGAAGGAUGUUGAAAAAAUCGAAAAGGAUGCAGAGUGAAAAAACAUCACGUCGCGAGUUCUCUCGAGAAGACACACACGCGCUAUGAUAUCCGGUAAUCUAAGAGAAUCGUUAUCAAUCAUCCCUCGUAUCGUUGACGAGAAGAAGAGGAUAAGUGAACUUGAGGAGUCGGCCCGUAUCGACGGAUUUACCAUUUCAGCAUUCUAUUUCGAAUGUUCCUUGUGGCAACGAACGAACGAAAAAACAAUUGAAAAAAUAUAGUAUCGAGUAUGUGCAAAAGCUCGUCGAUUGAGAGGGCAAAACGCUCGGUUUAUCUGUUCUUUUAUUUCGCUGCAAUUUCAACAGGAAAGUGUGUGCGAUAAACAGGAGCAAAAAGUCGCUAACUUCGAAAACGAAUACGGGAAGAUCUUUCUCAAUUGGGGCAAUCUACGUUAUCUUGUCGUUUGGAGUGGAACCUUAGGAACGACAACCGGAAAUACUCCAGUUAGCAAUCGUCAUCGUCAUUAUCAUCUCCCACUCCCUCUUUUGCCUCCUUCCAAUCCACAACCGCCCGACUAAACUGUGCCAAGAACGUUACCCUUACCGUUAGAAAAAAUAUAUAUAGAUAUAUGCAUAUAUUUAUAUGCAUAUAAUGUGUCUGAUAAAAACGCUCGAACAGCGUUGCAAAUCGUGGAAUUUUGGAGCUGACAGCCCAUCAAUUUUUCUCCAGGAGCUCAUUGCUCACGAGUUGUUCAUUGACUAAAAACGCGAAAAAAAUUGUUCACUUUUUCUUCGAAAUACUUUGAAUCCCUGUCCGAAUGUCGAGUACGAAAAAUCUCGGAUAAAAUAUUUGGCCGAUUGACUCCUUGAGCGAUGCAGCGGAGAGAAAAAUUUGGAGGGCUUUUUACUCCGAAAUUUUAGCGACGUGACUAUAUAUUGACUGCCUGCAGCUUGAGGCACGUUUGUUAAAGUGUGCAUGAUGCACACUGUACGUGGACGCGCGCACAGCGUGUGUGUUGUGCUGCGUCGUACGGGAGAAAUGCGGGGAUGUUGCCGAGCGUGUUCCGUGUUCCCAGUUUGUAAACGGACGAAAGGCUCGCCAAAUUUUCUGCCUCAAAGACCUCGUGAAAUUUCGGAACUCGAGGAGCAUUGGAAAAGGGAGGAGGACGACCGACAAUUCUCCUCGAGAUCGCUCGGUGUGAAAUUCGCUGGAGGCCUCUUGAAGCGGAUUGCAAUCUUAUAUAAUCGGAUAUCCAGAGAUCGGACUUUCUUUAUUGCUCAAGGACAAAAAACGUCUUCAACUGUUAGUUCGGUGGAUGAACUUUUAUUUCGGUAACGUGAUAUAUAAUGUGUGUGGAAAUAUGAAAAAAUUAUUGUUUCAGAACGAAUGACAUUGAAGAACAUUCGUUUGCCAAGAUAAAAACUUGGCUGAAUGCAUUUUUUUGUCCCUGUAACGAAGAGCGUCCGUGUCUCGAUCCAAUAUUGCUGUAGCACGUAGGGAUUAUUUCUAAUGUAAAUAAAACGAAAAAAGAAAAGACGUAACGGACAUGGUUAAAUGGAAACGAAAAAUUGCGAUAUAUAAAUCGGCUGAAUAAAUGUGCGAGAUUAAGCGAAAAAUAAAUACAAAGUCCAUCACGACGUGAGACAAUUUAUGCAGAUGAUAAAACACAAAUAGAAGGAAUUUUUAUGAAAUCCGGGGCCAGAGUUAUAUUUAAAUUUAUACACGAAUUCAUAAAUAUAUAAAUAUAUAUAUAUAUCUCUCUGAUUUAGAUAUAUGUAUAUGAACAUAUAUUUUAAUACCAAAAUUUAUAUUCGAAAUUUCUAUGUUGUUGGUGGUGUGUGAUUUUGUGGCUUACAUUCCACGACCGAGCUCGGUAAACUUCUCGUCCUCUUCUCCUCUCAAUCCCUCAAAAUUGUGAAUUCUUUUUUAAGCCUUGUCGAUUACCGAUCGGGACACGCUCAGAGCCGGGGAUUAUCAUCUUUCGAGGAAUCCGAGAUUUCUUGAUUUCAGAUUGUUGAAAGAAAAAAGAAAAGUAUUAUAUAUAAACUCCUUCGUGUGCACGGAACGGUGCGAAUUUUUGUAAAAUCCUUCAUGGAAAAGAAAAAAAAAAAUUCGGAUACGACUGGAGAAGAAAGAAAAAAAAAAUUUGUUACAUUUGAGAAUUGCAGAUUUAAAAAAACCGUAAUCGCAUGCUUGAUGAAUUUAUCCCUUGCGUCGAGAGCCUCUAAAUUGGAAUACAACAGGAACGAAAAAAUGAUAAAUGAAAAAAAAAAACAUAAUAAUAGAAAAGAAAAAAACUUAGAGAUUAAGGAAGAAAUAAAAAGACGAAGAAAUAUAAUGUUAACAGGAAAGAAUGAUAAUCGCGUUUCGAAAUAAUAAACUUAUAAUAUUUUUGCACGAAAAAAAAAAGAAUUCAAAAAAAAAAAGAAAAGAGUAAACAACACUGUGAAGCACGUGGCCCACGUGCGCGAAAUGAUGAGAGUAUGAUUAAACUGCAGUUGACUGUGAGUGCGUGUGUGUCUGAGUGUAAGGUAAAAUAGAAUCGAGACCUAUUAUCUGGCUUCUUGUAUACUGUGAUCUCUGUAAGGUAAAAAGAAAGGGAAUUAAAUGAGACGAGUGAAUUAUUAAUAGCAGAAGGAUAAAAAAAAAUAAGUAAAAAUAAAAUAAUAAAGCAAGUAAUAAUAAUAAUUGAGAUACAAAUGAUUAAUUGUAGACGAAUUAAAGUAAAUAAGUAAAUCAAUAAAUAAUAAAUGAAGAAAAAAUAAAUAUAUGCGAGAUUUAAGAGAGUAUAAUAUUAACGAGAUAAGAAGAAUAUAUAUGUAUAUCUUUAACUAUCGUUUACAAAGUGUAAAUAAUUUAUAUACGCGAGAAAAAAAACGGUGAACGCGAGAGCUCAAAGCCGCAAAUAUAAUUAUGUACAUAUAUACACACACGUAUACAUGGAUAAAUAUAUAUUUGUGUGUAUAUAUAUUCAUAGAUGAUAAAUACAAAUGAAAAAACGAAUAAAGAUUGAUCGCGCGUAUCGCACGAAACGUAGGGAAAUAAUGACGCAUCGUGAUUGAGAAAUGAAAAUGAAUAAAAGUAACAACGUCUGUAUAUCAUGCGUGGCAAACAGAAAUAUCGUGUAUAAAAACGGCAGAAACGAAAGGAAAAAAGUAUCUUACGAACACUUGUAAAGUUCUAGGUUUAUCGCCAUUUUAUUAUGUAACUUGUUAUUGGAGAGAUUAUGAACGAUGAAUGAUGUAAAUAUAGACUUAUAUACUUAUUAAGAA